GUGUCAUCAUGAAAGCCGAUGUUGUAAAAUGUUUGACGAAAACAUUUCCAAAAACUGGAAGCAAUGUUCGUCAUCAUUACUUUUUGUCUCUGUAAGGGCCUGUAAUUUGAUGAUGAAAGGGAAAGUGAACACUGCUGCUGAGAAGAACAGUCACACCAAAAGUACAAACAUGGUAUCAGACCAGUUUCAAGAUCUCCAACCUUGUGCACGGAUGUCUCGACCACCGAGAAAGGCAGCUGCAUUUGGGAAGCGCUCCAACUCCAUGCGCAGGAAUCCGAAAGCAGAAGUCAGCAAAGCAGGAUGGCUGUACAAGCAGGCCAGUAGCGGAGUGAAGCAGUGGAACAAGAGAUGGUUUGUUCUCUCUGACAGAUGUCUCUUCUACUAUAAAGAUGAGAAGGAGGACGCUGUGCUAGGGAGUUUGCCUCUGCUCAGUUUCCGGAUUCGAGGAGUGCAGCCUUUGGAUAACAUCACCCGCAAAUUUGCCUUUAAGGUGUGGUUAGAAGAGGCUGAGGAACAGCAAGAGAAUGGGGAGUUGAAAGCUCCUGUUGUGUUUUGCGUACAGGCGGAACAUGCUGGAACCAGAACAUAUUAUUUCAGUACAGACAGCUAUGAAGAGCAAAAGGAGUGGAUCACAGCCAUGAGUGAGGCUGCAGAGGUCAACGUUAAUCCAUCAGAGAGAUCAACUACAGCUGUCUCACCUGAUCAGGCCAUGGUUACUGGUGACACUGACCUGCAAAUAGAAGUGAAACAACAGACAGCCCCCAACAAAAAUGAAAUUACAGUAGACGCCUUGGAAACACCCCCACUUUCAACUGCUUGCUCUGGUUAUGACACAGUUCAAAAGAAUGGGAGAGACAGAGAUGGUGGAGGAAAAACUGAAGAUGAAGGUGGAGGGCCUGGUUGUGGCAAUGCUCAAACAAACCACAAUCUAAAUGGAUGGUGCAAUCCUUUCCCCCCUGGCUCAAUGCCGCAAAACUACAACAGCAAAUCCACUCAGUCCCAAAGUCACAGCACUUGUACACCAAAUGACAUAAGGGAACAGCACCAGAAUGUGGUGCUGAGGAGGGGUUUUGUUCCUAGAACUGCCCCUGAGAGAGCAGCACAAAGGAAAAGUUCAAUGGCACAGCUGCAGCAUUGGGUGAACCAGCGGCGGGUCAUGGUAUCCCAGGAAGAGAUCAACAGUCCAUGCCAUUAUUACCCAGCAAGUCAAGGGUUGAACUACUAUGGCUACACUAGUGGCCCCCAGUAUUUCGAGGAGUACCCGCUGUACCCACCAGGAGUCCGGCCAGACAGCAUUUGCUCUGUCUCUGCUGUUGGUGGCUAUGACAACCGCUGGGCGAUUGAGGAAAAGCGACGCUCAUUGAGAGAUAUGCCUCACCAGUUGUAUGGGCUGCCCUCCCCAAGGGACUCAUGGGGACCACAGUACUACAGUGGAGUUGAGAAGUCUCUGAGACGUCUUUCCAUCCAGCCACGCUCCAGGUCUGUGCCCAGGUCACCAUCCUUGUCCUCUCGGGGGGCCUACUCACCUGUGUCACACACCUUUGGCUCAACGGCUCAAUCACCAUCUGCACAUUUUGACCGUUUUUCGGGAAGGAUGAGGGAUGACGGGAUUUAUGCUGAUCCGUCUGUCUAUAACCUAAGGAGAUCACUCAGCCCGCCAAAGUAUGACUACUCUGGUGAUAGGCGGUCCAUAAAUCAAGGAUUAUACUACCACAACUACCCUGUUUCCCCUUCCAUCCACAAUAAAAUGGUGCCUCCUUUCCAUGAUGUCUACAGAGAGUUACACCCAACACUCAAGUUAAACGAAAUUGAAACAAGUAAACUCUUGGGCCGGCUGUGUGAGCAAAAUCACAUUGUUAAAGAUCACGAAGCAGUUGUCCACAGACUGCGAAUGGACAAGGACAGCCUUGAGGAGGCAUUGGUGACUACCCAUCAGGAGAUGGAGAAGUAUCAAAACCAGCCAGUGGCCAUGGAAAAACUACAUAUCAAAAAGGAAACCCUCCAAAACCAGCUCAUUAACAUUAGAGGGGAUCUUUCCCAGGCCUCAAAUGCGUUAACUACCACUCAGAUGGAAUUUGAAGCAUUAGAGGAUGAGGCCCAUGCCAUUCAUGGAGAUCUCUGGGAACAACUUAAUGCUGGCUUACAGAGUGAAUUGGUUCGAAGGCACAUCCAGAAAGAAUUUUGGAGAGUCCAGGAUGUAUUAGAGGGCCUACACAAGAAUCACUCAUCCAGGGGCACUGAUACAGCAAAGCACAGAGUGGCCAGUGGUGCUUCAGGGUCCUUUAGCACCAAUAGUCCAGCCAGUCCCCUCAGCUCAGUAAGCCUCACCAGCCCUCUCAGCCCCUACUCCCCAGUGCCCGGCUCACAGGUCUCCCCCUCUAAACAGCUGGGCCCGGAGGAAAGUGCACCCCCAAGGCCCCCCCUCCCCAAGUCCUAUUUCCCUUUGGAACCUUCUACCUCCUUUCCCCCCUUGACCUUUGACAGCACCAUCUGGCUACACAGCUUGGGAAUCGAUGAUGGUUUCUUUGAUGUGGAAGAUUCUCAAAUCAGAAAGAUUAAGUUCGGAGAACAGAAUAAUAUUGGUCCUCCACAAGAGCAAGGCCCAGAUGGGCAACCUACCAUGAAUAAAGUUGGUAUUGUCCCUCCAAGAACCAAGUCACCUGCUGACGACUCACCUACCUGGUCUACUGGAGUUUCCCAUUUUAAUGGGAGAACGCCUAAUGGGAUUUCUAGGGAGCGUCCAAAGAGUGCUGUGUUUCCUGUUGAGCUAAGGGCCAAGAUGAGUGUGGAGGAACAAAAUGAAAGGAUCCGUCGCAACCAGAGCAGCUCUGUACGGGACAAAAGGAGGAGUCUUAAUCUUUCAGGCGGGCAGUCCCCAGCAUGCUACGGAGUGAUUCGACGCCGGCAAACAGCUCAUGAGAUUGACAUCAAGGACUUAGAGGCAGCAGUAAGAGGACAGGGACUGGAGUCACCUCAUGAAGAAAUUGCCCGCUUGAGACGUUUACAGGUUGAACCAGAACACUUUGACCUUGACAUUAACAAAGAGCUAAUGGCUCCUGAAAAGGUUGUUAUCCCAGACCGCUACUUGAAUAUAGAAGAUAACACCCCUCUAAGCCCCGAGGAGCAGAAGGAAAAGCAGAAGAAACUUGAGCGGAUCAAGACCUUAAUUGCCAAAUCCAACCUGCAAAAUGUUGUUCCUGUCUUGGAUGGCCCUGCAGAGGGUGGAGCCUCAGUCAAUUCCCAAAAGCAAUUGCAGGAGCAGGAGAAGCGCAUUGAGAUCUCUUGUGCUCUGGCUGCUGAAGCCUCUCGUCGCAGCCGCCUUCUCUCAGCCCAGUGUGCCCCAGAGCCCCCCAAAUCCCCAACCAACCUGCAUCCUCCCCCUUCCUCUACUGACAUCCCCACCUCCUCAUUAUGAAUGCCUGCAUCGGACCAGCUCAAGCCCUGUCUGCUGUCAAGUUUGAUGGAGCAUCUUUUUGAGGACUUACUGUGUGGAAUUGACAAUGAAGGAUACCUCAAACAAAAUGACAUUCAUUUUUUAAGUACCUGAUCCAAUUUGUCAACAUCCCAACAAUGGAACAAAGCACCUCACCUUUAAAGGAAGAGACACAAACUAAACAUCAACUCUACAACAUUAAUUUCAUCCUGUGAUGUAACCUACAAACCAAUGGCCAGUACAUAAUGUAUGUUCCCUGGGACAUUACCGGGGCUCUUAAGUGUAAUAUCCAGUAUGUUGUGCUUCAAAAUGUGUAGUAUGUCAACAUAAUUUAGCUCAGGACAAAGUAGAAAUUACUGAUGAUGAACAAAUAUGCGUUCAUCUAAGAUGAGAUGCUGUGGCGACCCCUAACGGGACAAGCUGAAAGUAAAAGAAGAAGAAGAAGAAAGUAAGUUAGCAAACUAAGGUUGGAUUCUUGAACAAUUUACCUUAAAACAUGAUGAUAAUGACCUGUUCUGGGUUUUAAAGAGCUAACUGAAACUUCACAUCCUCAAUGAGAGCAAAAAGAGACCGAUUGAGUUCCUGACUACUGAUGGAUCAAAAGCCUUUCAGUCAAAAAAAAUACUCUGUUUAAUUGGUGAUACCAGAUCAUAUCCCGCCGUAACAUUUUGGACUUGAUUAAUAAAAAUGUUAAAUUUAUAUAAAGCCUUUCAAGAGACGCAAAGACAUUUAACAUGUUUUUUUUUUUUUUUUUUCCUGGCCAACAUGUUGACCGGUAGUGUUAGCUAAAAGAAUAGGGUUGCACAUGCAGCAGGGGUAUUCACAGUUAAUUGCGCCAUGCGCUUUGUCUCCUUGAAAAAAAAAAAAAAGUAUUUCUCUUCCGACCAAAAUUAUUUGCCAAAACAUGCAAGGAAAUUAAACAUUUUUGUUGUCCAGAUACAUUAGUUUUAGCAAAGCAGAGCAAAUUUAUUUGUGCAGCACAUUUCAUACACAAGGAAGCUCUAUGUACUUGCAUGAGUAAAAUGACUUGAAUACAAAUAAAUAAAACAUUUAAAAUGGGAAAAAAGUGAUAAAAUUACAAUAAAAUAUAUAUAAAAAUGAAAAAAUAAAAGUUAAAUUAAAAGCAGCCUUCAGUGCAAGAAAUACCAUUAAUAGUGGAAACACUCUAAAAAGCAUGAGAAAUUGGAAGCGUUUUCAAUCUGGAUUUAAAAACAUUCAAACUUGGGGCUGACAUCACCUCUGUUGGCAACUUAUUUAAUUUUUUUGCAGCACCAAAGCUAAAUGCUCUGCUUCACCAUGUUUGCCUUAGACUGUACACUCCAGUAUUUGACCUGAGCCUGUCGGUCUCAGAGCUCUACUGGGUUUGUACUCUAUAAGCAUUUCUUUCAUGGAUUCAUGACCGAAACCAUUUAGUGAUUCAUUGACCAGUAGCAGAACUUUAAAAUCUCUUUUAAAUCUGACUAGACCACAACUCCAAAAACUAAACCUUUGCCAUUUGUUGCCAUUUCCAUAAGCAAAAAACACAAGACACAACGAUGAGAUCAAGGCAAUACGUAAAAUCCUUAAACAAAAACAAACAAAACUCAAUUGCUCAUUAUGUGCAUCUCAUCCACAUAUUUAUUAAAACAUACUGUACUUAUGUAUAAUACUGCUCAAGAAAUUAACCCACUGGUUGUAUACCCAUAUAUUGUACACUUAGAAAGUUGGAUAUGUGUGUUGAAAAGUAGUGAGCUACACACACGUUCAGUGAAAAUAGAAGUGUCCUGAGAGGUGGAACUCUCAAAUUACAGUAUCUACAAAAUACUGUCUAAUAAAAAAAUGGUUGACUUUCCUUCAAACAUGCAAUGCCAUCUGAAAAGUUUGAACAUUUGAUCUUUUGUUUUUAUUUGCAUGUUCACAUUCGGCAGCACAGUGGCGUGACUGGUUGGAGCUUUAUUGCUUUAAGAGGACCAACCAAAACAAAUAAAUUCCAGAAAUUCUUGAUUAGUAUUUUUUUUUUAAAGAUGUACACGGAUUUCAUAUGCAUUGUUGAAUUAAGUGUGUUGUUUUUGUGUGUGUCUGUGUGUGUUAAGCUGCUACUUAAUUGCAGAUGUGUGGUUACUUCACAGCCAUGUUAGUAUGUGUUAAUAUUGAUACGAAAUAUAGUUAAUAUACUACUAAGUAUUACUGUACUCCAAACUACUUUUAUAGGGCAGGAAAAAACAAUGAUAAAAUUAAUUUGAACUUUUAAACAUGCGCCUUUUUUCCUUGUGACUCACCACCCAUUGCAUUUUCCUUUUCUUGCACCUCCAUGUCCAUGUGGGCUGUCUUUGUAAAACCAUAUUUCAAGUAAAUGUUACAAAAUGAGGGAAAAUUAAUUUUAUGAUACAAGCAGUUAAUGCUCCUCACUAAGUAAAAACAUAAAGACUUAUUAGAUUUUCAAUUUUUUUUCAUUUAAUUUUCUUUUAGGGAAGGGGAUAUGCUCAGAAGUGGCAGUACUUAUAUUUUUGCAUGAAAAUAUUUUAACAAGAUGUAAUUCUGACACUUUUCAUCAACAAAACCUUUGUUUUAAUUUUGUUGCUUUCUUGGAUUGAACAUGGAUAUUUUUCAGCAAAUGGAAUCUGACGUGUUAAGAUGGUAUCGCCCAGCGAGGGCUUUUAAAUACUGGUAGCAUUUGUCACACUCGUGGGUGAAAAGAGAGCGUAUGUGUUUUGGACCAAUUGUUAAAUAAUAAUUGUCUGUUUUAUAUGGUAUUUGCCGCUACGGUUGUCUUUCUAUUUCCUGUAAAAAAUGAAUUACUACUUUGAGGGAAAACUGUACAAACUGCUGGAAACUAUGCAAAUGAUCGAAUCGAGACAAUAUGCUUGCUUUUAGAAAACCUUGCAAUAAAUUGAAUGUAUUCAAAUAAAGUCUCUUUU